AUAAAUCGUUGGAGUGUAGAAAUAGAGAUUGGAUUUCAGAUUCUCUUCGUCGUUCUUUGGUGUUAGUUUUGGAUCUUCGCUGUAGACGGUCUGGUCGUUCCGAUUUGAUUGCGGGCGAUCCUUGUGAAAGUUGGUGCCUACGAAUAUGUCCCUCACCUUUAGAGUCUCGAGAUAUGUUGGCUUCUACGUAG